AUGACCACAAUUAUCGGAUACACAACAAUACCGCUGAAGAUGACCCUGCCCCGAGAGGGUAGGGAGUUGUCCAAAAAUAUAAAUAUCUUUAAUUUAUUGAUUAUCCUUGCAUUAGCUAUAGCAGCAGGAGUCACCUCUGCUGCACCUCCUCCAGCUGAACAAUCCAAAGAACAAAUCCCCAUACUCAAAUACGAAAAUGAAGGAGUAAAUCAUGAUGGUUCAUAUAACUGGAACUAUGAAACAGGUAACAAUAUUAUAGCCCAAGAACAAGGUGAAUUCAAACAGGGCACCAAUCCCGAUGAAGGAGAAAUGGAAGUCCGUGGUUCCUAUGAAUAUACAGACCCCGAUGGAAAGAAAGUAGUAGUUACCUAUAUCGCUAACAAAGAUGGGUUCCAACCACAGGGUGACAUUUUGCCCACUCCUCCUCCAAUCCCACCAGCGAUCCAGAAACUUCUCGAAUGGUUGGAGGCUCAUCCUGAAGAAAACCAAGCUGAAGAGAAUAAAGUUCGAUAGGUUAAUAUAAUUUUGUAAUAUGGCAGUUUUUGUAAAUAUUAUGUAAAUAAAUAAAGUACCU